CUGUCCAUGCUGCCCAUGCCAUGCCAUACUGCUCAUGAACACCUGCAACAUGAGAAGAGUUCCUUGUGCGUUGCCGGUCUUUUAAAUAUUUGUAAUGUGAGUCGAGGGCAGGCAAGGUGCGCGCAACCACCACGCCGCCACUCUACCACCACUCGUCGGAGUGCGCGCAACAUGCCCACGGUGACUCAGCUUCUCUCUCUGCGCUUCCUCUGGCUGGUUGUAGCCGUGGCAGCGAACCCUGCGCCAGGUCGCGUGCCCAAAGUCUACAAUGCGCUUAUAACAUCCAAUCAGAACUUGGAGCCGAGCAAAGCAUACCCCGUCUACCAACCAGUACUGCACGAAACCUACGCAUUUCCUUUUCAACCUUCAGUAUAUUUUGGAGAAUUCCCUCUUAGCAAUGGCAUACAGCCUGUACCUGGCCUGCCGCCGAAACAACCGAAUGAAUCACCAACGCCAGCACCAGCACCUCAACAGCCAACAGAGAAACCAACAGAACUCCCACCAGCUGCCUCUGAACCUUCUGAGCAACCACAAAGCGCAUCAACAACUUCAGCACCACCACUACCACCCAGUACUGAAUCUCCCAUUCCUCUAAACGAGUUUGGUCUUCCACCCCAAGUCAUACCUCUCGGACGAAUCGACCCAGCUUACGAGGGCUUCUCUCAAGUGGGACCUUUGACUUAUACUUACCCUAGUUUCCGAUUAUACGAUCCAUUUGAUCCCUUCAGUUUGAGCCCUUUUGCUCAACUACCUUCACUGUACCGUCCUUUACCUAGUAUUAUAAGACAGAGUGCGCCAAUACUAGUGAACAAACAGACAAUCCCUACAGCAGCCCCUCCGACUCGUAUUGAACAGUCGGCUGAUAGCCCACCUCCGGAACCCAUUGAUCUCAAUCUUCUGAACUACUCAUCAAAGGAUCCGAGCAUACCCGAUGUACCCCCACCACCACUCCCUCAAGGGAAUCUUAAGUCUGAAAAAUCAGAAUAAUUACAAACCUAUUAUAAACUAACAAAGGUAUUAUAUUAAAUUUAGCAACAAAAUAAUAUGUAAAAAUUUACUUAUUUGAAAUUAUUAGUUUUAAGACAGAAGAUAAGAGGCAUGACAAAGUUCCUGGAGAUUGUAUUAAUUUAUUAUACAAUUUUGACUUAAAAUAUGUAUAUCUAGUUGUGUUCACAUAAUUGAUGGUAUUAAUUAGUAUGAUUUAUAAAAAUAUAAAUCCCAA